AUGCGCCUCGUUGCUCAGUCUCUCAAGUUUCAGAGAAGCGACAAGAGCAUCUUGGGGCUUCUGGAUUAUGAGGCUGACCAUCAUCGUCGUGACUGGGAAGCUAGCCAUUCCAUUUUGGUUGCUUGGCAGGUAUCGUUCAACGAUAUCCAGAGAACUCAUCCCAAAGCAGCUUCGCUCCUGUCUUUGAUGAGUUUCUUCGAUAGACAAGGGAUACCGGAAGAACUAUUGCGUCACACACCUAUGGGCAAAAGUCCUACUGGUCAUCUUUUUGCGGUCGGAAGAACCUUAUUUAGGAGAUGGAAGGAAAACCUAGAUACGCCUUAUCUCGAACACUUCGAAACAAACGUCAGGGUUCUGAGAGACUAUUCAUUGAUUUGUUUGGGCAUAGACCAGAAGUCCUUCGUACUUCACUGGCUGGUUCGACUUGCGACACGUAACUGGCUUGAGGUCAAUGGACAAAUUGAAAGGUGGAGUCAUCAGUCGCUGCAAAUCCUUUCUGAUAAGCUCUACGACCGCCAACCCAUCACACUGUCGUAUCUGAAAACGGAACCUUCACAUGCUAUUUACCGGCAUAUUCGAUCGGCUAUCUCAUAUCGGCCCUCUUCUAAAGGCCCGCUCCGGCAGUGGGCUAUUCUGUGCAGAGUGGCAUGUGAAAUUGCGUACCGAUAUGGUGAUUUCACGAAUAUGACGCACUGGGCUACACAGUCUAUGGAAAUUUUAGAGGCAAUCUCUAGCCCAGAUGACCUGGAGCUCCUCAAUAGCGUUUUAUUCGCGGCAAAUGUUUUGCGCAUCUUUGGGCGAUCUAAAGAUAGAGAAGCGCUAUUAAUCCGGGAUUUCAAAGCCUUUGAAUGGGCUCUCGGUCCUAAUCAUCCUCACUUCGUCACUAUCCAAUAUAAGCUAGCGAAAGCUAUGAGAUACUUCUUCUUGUAUAUGGUUACUCGAGUCAUUUUCUGGAUCCUACAUGCAGACAGAGAACUUCAAAGCUAG